UAAAAUGUUCUUUACACUAUGAUUCUUUGAAGAACUGUUCACUGAAAGGUUCAUUUUGAGAGCCAAAAAAAUGGUUCUUCUUUUCAUACGAAAAUAACCUUAUUAUGAAUGUAUGAUGUAGUUCUCAUAAACGCGGGUGCUUCACUCAAGCUGACAGCACAUUAACCCCGAUAAAUGUGAAUAACAACCCCAGGAUUGUCAUCUGAACAUGCUGUAUGUCUGAAUGAGGUUGCUGGAGCGUUCGGAUGAUCAAAGGCGAUACGUCAUUGCGAGCUGCAGCGAUUGGCUGGAUUCAGCUCCUUUUUCUCCAGAAUUUGCAACCACGACCGGUCUUCGCCUCCGGAGCAGCGACAUCCCUACAGUAGAGGCAGGUGGACUUAUUUCCCUCAAGAGAAAUGAAUGCAAUAUAGCGCGCGCAUUCGCAGGGGUGGACAUUUCUUUUCGCUCUCAUCUCCUCAAUUCUUCCCUGCAAUACAGACACUGCCCGAACUGGACUAAAUGAGUGCCCGGACCUUGGAGAGACUGGCGCUUUCCAUUCCCCACUGUGCCUUAAACGGAACCGCUCGGACCAACAAUGGCACCUGCUUUGACCGGGUGGAUCAGUUGUUCCAGGCGUUCUCGUCCACCGUCGUGCUUUUCGUGCUCAUCGCGAUGAUCAUUGGGAUAAUAUUCGUGUCCGUCACGACCUUCCACUUUCACAAAAGCAAGAUGAAAAAGCGCAAGAUACAAAAAGCCCAGGAGGAAUACGAGCGCGACAACUGCAGUCCCAAAGCGGUCAAAGGCAAGCCGGCGGUCCGGCAGUGCAUCAUGGUGAGACCCCCCACGGCAGUGCGGAAAAGUGAUCCAAACACGGAAGAUCCUGGCGUGACAGAGGACAUGAGACACUCGGGACAGACGAAGGAUGAUAACUUGUUGGAAUCGGUCGCUGUGUCUUGAUAACGCAGUGCCAGCCUCGGAGGACACUGUAAAUAACCUCUGUAUUCAUAUGAUAUUACCUACGGAAUAUAUCGAUUCUUUGUAUAAGCGUUACAGUUGAUAAGUUUUCAUCGUGUAGAUCCCGGAGGAGUCUUUUGAAAGAAAUCUAGGAAGAGUCUCAUUGGUUUUCGAGAAGGAGAAAAGACUAUGCUGAUGGAAUUUCUGUCAUAUAAUUUGGAGCCAGUCGUAAUGGGAUCGGGCGAGAGUGUUGAAAAAGAUCCCAUUGGAUAAAAUGAAAUUAUAAGGCGUUAAUGAGCUAAUCCAACAGGAUUUGAUUGAAUACAAAUGGAAUCUCCAUCAUAAUUAGGAGACAAUCCCAAUGAGAUCGAACAAAAACCUCUAAGAAUCAAAUAAGCUAAUACUGGAUCAAAUUAAAUUCUCGACAUUAUUCAGUAAAAUCCUACUGGGUUAAAUAAUUGAUUGGAUAAAACAAGAAUCUUUAAAAAAAAGAUUCAAUGAAAAAUUCUUACUGAAUAUUAAUGGAAUCAAUUCAGAUCCAAUCCAAACUAGAUUAAAUAACAAUCCUCAACAAAUCAAAUAAGAUUUGGGGGAAAAGACAUUGGUCAGUCAAUCCAAUAACAUGUUACUGAAUACUGAUGGAUUUCUAAUAAAAUUCAAGAUGUGGAUCAAACAAAACUCCUCUAAGAAUCAAAUAAGAUCCUACUGGAUCAAAUUAAAUUAUUCAGUAAAAUCUCACUGGAUUAAAUGAUUGAUUGGAUAAAAUACGAAUCAUAUAAAAAUCAAUUUCUAUCAUACUAGCAAUCCUCAACAAAUCAAAUAAGUCACUGGUCAGCCAAUCCAAUAAAAUGUUACUGAAUACUGAUGGAUUUCUAAUAAAAUUCAAGAUGUGGAUCAAACAAAACUCCUCUAAGAAUCAAAUUCAGUAGGAUUUUACUCAAUGCUGAUGAUUCGGAAACAAAUCCAAACCGGAUCAAAUGUGAAUCAUCUAAGAAUCAAAGAACUGAGGUGCCUAUUCUUUUUCUCAAGCCUCUUAAGUUAAUGUUUUUCAGAAUGUCAGUUAAUCCAGUGAGAUUUUGUUUGAUCCCAUUAGGAUUGUCUACAAAUUAUGAUCCUUUAGGAUAUACAGGCCCAGCAUCUGUACAUGGGGAUUGUCUCGUCCACUCUUCUUCAUGUUGUUGUGCCACCAAGAGGAAUUAUUGUAAACAGGGCCGUCGACACGGACAAAUUAUGAACCUACUGACAGUAUUUCAGAGUUUAUUGCUGAACAGUGAAAGAGUUCCUCAGAGUUAAAGAGACGGCUCUCUUGUAUAAAGUCUGUACAGAUGCUGUCCAUGCUGUAAAUUAAGGACAGAGACAAUGGUCUUUUUCGUGUAGAAUUCCAAUACAACUCGCAACAAUAUCCUUUCCGUUUUGGGUUUCAGAAACUCAUCAUUAGUGUUUCUUUUGACAAAUAGACUUCCUUAAUUGGGAUUUUCCUUUAUCUCAGUGGCUUUUUCAAGAUAGAAGCGCAAUUCGUGCCAUUCUGGCUUGGCAUGGAUAGGUUUAGUGUUUUAACCCCUUUAUCCCCGAGACUGUUAAUGUGCAAUUGCAGCUGCUAGUGGUAGUAUAGCCUAUACUUGUUUUGUUCAUGGCACUGUAUAAUCAUAGUAAAACUUAUGUAACCUGAGACAUUUCAGUUUUGUGUUACAGCUCUGUAUUAAUGCUCUCUUUUUGCAUUUUUGCUCUAGAUUAAUAUAGCACUAAUGAUCGAGUAUUAUAUUUUUAUCAUUCUAAACUAGUGUAACAAUCAAUAAGAAACAAGUGAACAUUUUAAAAAGUCAUUUUAUGUAUUUCCUUGACGUUGUGUUGAACCGGAAAUGGGAGUCAUAGAGCGAAAUCACGUAUUGUAACAGAUCGGAGUUUGAAUCUUUGUUUUUAUUUUGUUCAAUGCAUACGAUUUUGAAUUACUAAUAAAGUAUUGUGCAAA